AUGGCUAAAGGUCUCCGAUCCAGCGUUAAGCAACGCAAUAAGGCCAAGCUACGUGCUGAAGUAUUUGGUCCAGUUGUUGACAGGAGGACUGAAAGACUUUCGGCAAAACUGGUAGCGCUGGCGUCCAAACCCAAGGAAGUGAAUAUGGAUGAUGCAGAAAAACUCGAUAUGAGCAGAGAGGCUGAAGAUGACGAAAGAAAAGAUAUGGAUAUCGAUGAACCCUCUGGCAUGACGAAGCCAUCCUCCCAGCAUACCCAUCGAAUCCAGAAAAAGGUUCGAAGGAAGACACGACCAUCAAUUACAUUUGCUGCGCAUCCAUUGAAAAGAAAGAGAUUAUCCAAAAAGAAGUGA